AUGUUCAAGAAAUUCGAAAAAGAAGACAUUAUGGGCGGCGGCACCCAGCUGAAGUCGAGCGUCCAGCGCGGAAUACGCAGCAAACUGUUGGAACAGUUCCCGCAUCUGGAGGGCCAUCUGGAAACGAUAUUGCCGAAGAAGGAGACGCUCAAAACGAUCAAGUGCAAGGAGCACGUCGAAUUGGUGCAGAGCCACGACGGAUUUGUGUAUUUCAUCAAGACUCGUGAUGGCCUAUUUUUGCCAACAUUGCGCCUGCUUCACAAGUACCCAUUUAUUCUGCCCCAUCAGCAAGUCGAUAAGGGUGCCAUCAAGUUUGUACUGAACGGAUCACACAUCAUGUGCCCAGGAUUGACAAGUCCAGGAGCUGUUCUUUUGCCGGAAGUGCCGAAGGGACAGAUCGUUGCAAUCAUGGCCGAGGGCAAGCAGCACGCGCUAGCGAUCGGAGUGAUGGCGAUGAGCAGCGAGGAAAUAAAACAAGUAAAUAAGGGUACCGGCAUCGAAAACAUGCACUACCUCAACGAUGGAAUGUGGCAUAUGACGCAAAACCCGAUAGCC